CUCAGCUCAAUAAUCCAACCCUCUCCACCUCUCUCCCUCUCCCUCUCGCCCUUUUGAGAAUUUCAACAACCACCCACCACACAAAAAGCCAAGGAGACAAAAUCCCAAUUCUCCCUUUUGCCUUAUUCCCACUUCUCCUUUUUUGCUUCAGGCCUCUGAAUUCUUGUGUUUUCUGAAACCAACAGCAAAUUCUUUCACUUUCUGUCGUUCUGUGCCUCAUUCCCUAACUGGGUUCCUCUCAUUUUUGCUUGGUUCAUAAAGCAAGAAGCUUUGAUUAUGGUUUUUCUGUAAUGGGGUUCUUUGUUUCUUGUGGAAAGUGGUCAUAGCCUAGUUGGUAUUUUUUUGUUUUGUUCUUGGGGCUAGUAGUCACUUUUUGAGUUCUGAGGACAUGGGUGGAGGGGAGAAGAGUGACAAAGAAAAAGUGGAGGAUCAAGAAGAUACUGAUAAUGAAGCAGUUCAGGGAAUUUCCAGACAGAUGAGUGAGACUUCUGUUUCUGCAGCUGAGGAUGAUGAUGAUGAAGAAAACAGCAAUAAAAUUCAGCUGGGUCCUCAAUGCACUCUCAAAGAACAAAUUGAGAAGGAUAAGGAUGAUGAGAGCUUGAGGAGGUGGAAAGAACAGCUUCUUGGGGCUGUGGAUUUUGAGAGUGUUGGAGAAACUCUUGACCCAGAAGUAAAGAUUAUUAGCCUCUCAAUCCUCACUCCUGAUAGACCUGACAUUGUUCUUGAUGUUCCGGAAAAUGGAAAACCCAAAGGCUUAUGGUUUACUUUGAAGGAAGGCAGUCGUCACAACUUGAAAUUCUCCUUCCAAGUUAGCAACAACAUUGUCUCUGGCCUCAAGUACAUCAACACUGUCUGGAAAACCGGAGUCAAGGUGGACAGCACAAAAGAGAUGAUUGGAACCUUCAGUCCGCAGCCAGAGCCAUACACACAUGUGAUGCCAGAAGAGGUCACACCUUCCGGUAUGUUUGCCAGAGGAUCAUAUUCUGCAAGAUCAAAGUUUCUCGAUGAUGAUAACAAGUGCUACUUGGAAAUCAAUUACAGUUUUGAUAUCCGAAAGGAAUGGGCUACACUCUAGCAUAUCUCUUUCAUCCAGCUGAUGUUCUUACUCCGUAAUUACUUUUAAGAUUUUUCCCGUUAAUGAUGUCCAGUACUAUUCACUUCCAUGGUUAUGUGAAGUUAAUUACUAGGUAUAUUUUGUCUGCGUGUGGUUAGUUUUCAUAAUAGUGGGCAAGGAAAAAGAGAUGUUUUUGUGAGGAGAUUCUUUGGUUACUACCUGUAAUAAAAGUUCCGCUUAGAUUGUAUUUCUGAUGCCAGCAUUUGUAUGGUCUUUGUUUUACUAUCUGGUAACAUCAUGUUUACAGUACACUUCUUUGG